AGGCAGGGAAGCCCUCCCGGCCCGAGUUGGCAUCGCGGGCCCGCGCAGCCUGCGCUUUCCGAGGCUUCCUUCUCGCUCGGGGGUGCGCGGGGAGCGUGCGGGAGUGGUCGCGAACUGCCCGCGCAGGGUUCCCGGGGCUGUUUCACGCGAAAUACUCCGUUUUUGAUUCAAGGUUGCAGAAAUGUCUUGCCUCAACUGUAAACCAUCUGCCGUGAUGGAUUUGCUUUUGGAGACGCGAGCUGCAGCCCUUGCGGAGGAAAUGGUUUUGUAAAACAAAACCGGCAAUCUAUUCUGUGUCAGAUAAGGGAGAAAACUGUUGCUGUUUUCUAAGGGAAAUGCAUAAAAAAUUUGAGGAAGCAUGGCAAAAUCCAACACAAAACACAGAGUUCGUUCUCAGGAAUCUUCAGUAUCUUCUCUCCUGGCAAGCUGCAGUCUAAGUAGUAGCAAUUCCUCUAGCUCUGGUGGCUCUUUUCACUAUAAGGAUAAGCUGUACAGUUCUGCUUCUCAGGCUCUACAGGCCUAUAUUGAUGAUUUCGAUCUAAGCCAGAUGUAUCCUAGUGCAAGCACUGGAAGAAUUAACAUUGAUGAGAGUGGUGCUAAUAUUCCACACUUUUCCAGUUAUAUUUCUAAACCAACCAAUGCUUUUGAAAAUCUUGACCACAAAGAGCACUCACGCUUCUUAUCCUAUGGAAGAGAGCCUAUUAAUGAGGUAGACUCCAUUAGCCUAACAACUGAUGAUCUGUUAAGACUUCCUGCAGAUGGAUCAUUUCCUUUCACUUUUGUUGGACCAGGUCACCGAACAAGAAAGAAAAGCAAGAAAUACAUUAGAAGAUCAGGUUCACUGGACAUUGAAAAAAAUCCAAAUUUUCAAGAGGUCUUCACUCCUGUGGACAUGGAUAACUUAGUUACUCCGGUUGUAUGCACAAAUAGAAAACAGUGUGGCAGGCUAAAAAACCCGAAACUUACACAUAAGACUAACAAAUGUGUUUUUGACUCAUCAUUAUCUUUUUCUAAAGAAUCUUUCAAGGACAGUUCAGAAGAUGGUCUUGAAAAUAAUUAUCCAAGAUGGCUUACUAGCCAGAAAUCUGAUCUUAAUGUUUCAGGGAUAACUAGUAUUCCUGAUUUUAAAUAUCCCGUCUGGCUCCACAAUCAAGACUUGUUACCUAAUGCAAAAAGUCAAAGGGUUUCUAAAGAAGAGCAUUGUUCCCCUAGACAUAGUUAUCAGGCACAAAGAACUGGAUUUAGGAAUAAAGUAGAUUGUUUGGGAUGUUCUUUGGAACCCUCAAGUUUUUCAAAAUCCUUAUGUGAUGAUAAAAGACUUGUUAAUGAAUGCAAAUGUGAUUCUGAACAUAGCCAACAUAAAUGUGAAAAUCCACUUCCAGGACAAUCCAAAAAGCCAUUCAGUGGUGACAAAAUUGAAUUGCUUAUCCUGAAGGCCAAGAGAAAUUUAGAGGAAUGUACUGAAGGAUUACCAAGGUCUAUGAAAAAGGAUGGCAGUCCAUGCUCAUUAGAUAAACUUGAAGCAGAAAGAUCAUGGGAAAAUAUUCCUGUUACUUUCAAAUCUCCUGUUCCUGUUAAUUCUGAUGAUAGUUCUCAACAGACUUCAACUGCAAAGUGUGCUAAAGAGGUUCUUGAAGACUUUUUGAAUAAUGAUAAUCAGAGUUCUACCCUUUCAGGAGGGAAACAUCAUGGUCCAGUUGAAGCCUUAAAACAAAUGUUAUUUAACCUGCAAGCUGUGCAAGAAAGUUUUAAUCAGAACCGAACUAUAGAACCAAAAGAAGAGAUUAAGCAAGUUCCAGAAGAUGAUUUCUCUAAAUCUCAACUGAAGGAAAGUAUGAUUCCUAUUACUAGGUCUCUUCAAAAGGCCUUGCACCAUUUAUCUCGCCUGAGAGACUUGGUUGAUGAUACCAGUGGAAAACAGUGAUCGAAAAUGCGAAGAGGAAAGUAAAACUGUCAUCACAAUAACUACAGAACAAAUAUGUAUUUUUUUGUUAUUUAAUGGGACAAAAUAAAUUUAAGCCAUAUGGCAUUUGAUGAUUGUUUCAACUAUUUUUCUAAAACAUUAAACUUGAAAAUAUCCAUAGAUUUUGUGACCUAGUCUCCUUUUGUGACAAAAAAAUAGAAUACGUCCUAAAGUCUGUCUUCUAAUAUUUAAGGCUGAAUGAUGUCUUAAUGUUUACCAGACUCAUUUUGUCACUUGGUUCUGGAAUACUAAGUUUUCUAGUUUGUAUCUAUAAUUCUUUUUCAUGGAUCUUUUCUAUUUUUUAAAUAAAGUUAGCUUGCAGUUUUAAGCUGCCUAAAGAAAUACCAAAAUUUUUAUAAGAUAUUUAAUAGGGGAAUCUUUUAUUUUUAAAUUUUAGACACCAAAUAGUAAAGAUACAUUGUAUAUAAAUGACAUCAGUUUAACAGUGAGUGAUGUGGUGUUGAAAGGAAUGUUCUUUAAAAAAAUUUCUUUUUAUUUGAAUAUUCUUUCAUAUUGUAACAUCCAACAGAACCUCGACAUUUAAGUAUUACUUUGAUUCUGUGUAAGGUAAUAUUGAUAAUGCAUGACAUUUCUGAAUUGUUCUGGAGGGCAGAUAUUUGAAUAUGUAAUAUUAGAUUAUUUUCCAGAUUGUAGUUUUGGGGUUAGCCGCAACUCUUAAAAAUAAUAAUGCAGUUUUCAAGUGCUUUCUGAAAAUUGAAACUAAAAGGAGAACUAGUGUCAAAAAUCAGAAAGCAAUUCUGUAUUUAAAGUUAUGUUUUAAAAGUUGACUUUUCUUUAAAGCUUUCUAUAAUCUUCACUUUAUUGCUAGCUAGCAGUGAGGAGAGUUCUGUAAUUUUUCAUUUUCAACAUACAUUAAUAUUUCCACUAAGUUGGAAGCAUUGUUUACCAAAACUAAAAAUUAUGUCAUCAAACAUAACUAAUAUAUUUUAAAAGCCUGAUGAAAUUAAAGAAUA